CUAUAAAGACCCGUACUGUUUAAUUAAACACGAAGCAACUGUUCUUCGUAGUUUGGCUUGUUGUCAGUCGAUGUUUAUUAGAGGUGUCUCUUUGUAAGACAUAGUUAUGAGCAAAAGAACAAGGUUUUUAUCGUUACGGCGCUAACAGGCAUUUUUAAAAGACAGAAAUAGGCUGCUAAGUUAAUUAGCACCCGUCAGGAUUAAUACCUCUUACGCUAACAGCAGGCCUUUGCUUUACCUUUAACGUGUAACGUUACUGUGGAAGACUCGUUCUCUUGUUGAGAGUUUUCUUUAGCUCCUGCUACUCGUCAGCAACGUGGCAGGCAGAAGGGGAGCGGCUCCUCCAGACCAGGACUAUGUCCAGACACAGCCUGCGGCUCGAUGAUGGGCUGUUGGACCGCAGCCUGCCACACAGCAGCGCCUCCUUCAGCGUGGGAGGAGGUGGCUGGAGGAACACCAGGUCUCUGAAGCCUCGUCGUUCUCAGCAGCUCUCUGUCUCCUGCUCUGAGUCGCUCCUCACCCACACUCCUCGUAAACUGGCCGGCCAAUCGCACCACAACAGCAGCCUCCACAGCGUGGCCUCAGACGCAUCCCUGCUCUCCUCCCUGCUGGACGAGUCCUCCAUCCAGGAGACCACGCUGGUCGACACACUCUGGGGUCUGGACCACGACAUCGACCCCAAAGAAAGCACCGUCCUGGCAGACAGCACUCUGACGAGCUCGGUCACCUGCUGUUCCAAACACUCAAGCCAGACGCUCGGCAGGUUUUACUGCAAAGACUGUGAGCUGCGCUCAGAUAGGAAGGAGUCCACCUCCACCCACUGCUCCUCGCUGAUGGGGCCCAGACCCUUAGACCAUGGCGAGUCAGAGACUUCUACCAUCUACUGCAGAGGCCGGAGUUGCAAGAGCAGCACAGGUGUGCUGUGGCUGGGCUCCUGUGCGCUGUGUGUCAGGAGAGCUGCAGUCUGCUGCAUCUCUGUCCUGACACACACCUGGCAGGCAUGUCAGGCACUGGCCUCGAAGGUCACCCAGGGCCACAUGCAGACAGGAAAGAAAGAUGGAGCUCGAGCCGGUCGCAGUGGAGUCAUGAACCUGAAGCAGUCAACUGUGCACCAGAAGGAGCUCCAUCCCAACAGAGCUCUGUAUAAACACACACCAGCAGGUGGUGACUGUAAGAAGCACUGCUCGGACAUGGAUGCUGUCGCUUCAUCGUCAUUGUCCUCGGUGGCUUCCUGUGUCUUGGGCCUGAUGUGGAGCGCGACUGUUUUCACAGGUUCAAUAACAGACCCAGCACCUCAGACUGUUACCAGUGCUUCGUGUCUCUUUCAGCUGACGCGGAGUGCAGCUUCAGCUCUCUGGCCUCUCACCAAGAAAAUACUUUCUGCCUCCUGGAGCAUCGGACGCUCUGCAGGUGAAACGGCAGCUGAGACGUUCAGGCGGCUGAGCAGGCGAUGGCAUCACACGACCCCUGGCUUCCUCCUGACUCGGUUCUUGUUGGGUCUCCUCCCUCUACUGCUCCUGUUCAGCCUGUGUUGGUUUGGUACAGCUGGUCUGCAGUCCGUCUUUCCAGCUGUCAACAUCACAGCGUGGAGGACGGUGGUUUCUGACGUCCCUGGUCUGUCCUUCAUCUACAGCCAGUCGGCAGAGGCUGCAGUGGAGGAGUUGAAGGAGGCGCCCCCCUACUUCGAGCCGCUCCACAGUCGAGCUCCACAAGCUCAAACACCGACAGCAGACGAGGAAGAGCCAUUGGAGCAGGCCCGGCUCGCACGUGUGGAGCAAAGUCUUAGGGCGCUGUGGGAGCGUGUGGAGGCUGAUGGGCUGCGAGCGGAGCAAAGACACAGGGAGGUGCUCCAGCUCUACACUGACCUCCAGCAGCAGCAGCUCGUCUCUGCUCAGAGACAUGGGGGAGGCGUGGAGCCCUGGCUGAGCCACCUGCUGAACAAACAGCUUUCUGAGCUCUGGACUCGACUGGAAAAGGAAAGACAGCAGCGGGAACAGAUUCAACAACAGGAUAUGUUGCAGCAGCAGAGUCAAGCAUCUCGUCUGGAUCAGCUGGAGCUGCAGCUGCAGACGCUGGCUGCCAGGACAGAGGAGGUGCAGUGGAAACGAGAAGCUGCUACAACUGUCUCACCUUCAGAAACAACUCUCCCAGCUGCUGACAGUGUUAGUGUGGACCUUCAGUCCCAUGAUGCCUUGCUGAGGGAGGUUGCACAGCUGAAGGCAGCUCUGGAGGAUGUCAAGCGGGACCUUGAUGGUGUUUCUGGGUUUCAGGACGGCUGCCGACAGCUCGACACAAUCCAGCAGGUGAUUUCAGUGCAGGUUUCCACUCGGGUCCGUGAGGAGGUUCGGGCUCUAGUCUAUGGGAACCAGCUGACAGUGGGGGGCGGGGCCUCUGGAGAGAACACCAGGCCGCCAGAAUCGCUCCUCCAGUGGCUUUCGCAGCAGUAUGUCAGUGGGGCUGACCUGCAGACGGCACUGGCCACCCUGGAGUUCAGCAUCCUGCAGAACAUCAGCCUGCAGCUGGGGCAGCAACGCAGCAAUGAGAUGGUCAGAGAGCCUGUCCUGCAGGCCGCUGCGACCGCCGUGACCCAGGAGGACGUCCAUGUGAUUGUGAAAAACGCUCUGCGGCUGUUUUCUCAGGACCGAACCGGCCUGGCCGACUAUGCUCUGGAGUCUGGAGGGGGCAGCAUUCUGAGCACUCGCUGCUCUGAGACAUACCAGACGAAGGCUGUUCUGCUCAGCCUGUUUGGAGUUCCCCUCUGGUAUUUCUCUCAGUCUCCUCGAGCUGUGAUCCAGCCAAACGUCCAUCCAGGAAACUGCUGGGCCUUCAGAGGCUCCACAGGCUUCCUGGGGAUCCGCUUGUCCUUGAGGAUCCUGCCCACCGCCUUCUCCCUGGAGCACAUCCCCAAAGCCCUGGCUCCCAACGGGGCACUGCUCAGCGCCCCCCGAGACUUCAGCGUCUAUGGUCUGGAUGAUGAGAGCCAGGAGAGAGGGCAGCUGCUGGGUACGUACACCUACAAGGAGGAUGGAGAGGCUCUGCAGACCUUCUCAGUCACUGAAGAGAACGACCGAGCCUUCCAGAUCAUCGAGGUGAAGGUGUUGUCCAACUGGGGCCAGCAGGAGUACACCUGCAUGUACCGCUUCAGAGUGCACGGGACACCCAGUGACAAAUGAGCACGCUGCAGAGUUGAUGUUGGAUCACAGUCAGGAUGGAGACGACGGAGACAGACCUGGUUGCUGCAGCUUUGUCAGACAUGUCAAGGUUUACAUGGAAUCGUCUGAGCUCCCUGCUUCAGUCACUCACUGCUAACUGCCUGACUCACCACAGACUGACUGACUCUGACUUGAUUCUGUUGAUCAGAUGACAAACUCGCGUCCUUCCUUCCAGACCAAAUGCAAUCUGAGUGUUGUCUUUUCCUGUGGAGAAACAGCAGCUCUGGGUGUGAGGUUUCUGUUAAUAGUUAAUAUUUUUAUAUCUGUUUUGUAUAUGCUGUGUUUAAAGGUCCUUGUUCUCAGUGGUUUUUCAUGUUUUAGGCCAUUUUUCUUUUAGCGCUUACAUCAUCACUGUGUGGUACUGCAGCUCUGAGUGGUUUUAAAGGACAGUUUGGGUCUUUUUUUGCUCUAUCUUAAUCCAGCACUGGCAUUCCCAGGUGAAUGUUAAACAUUGUUCCUCAUGCUGCGCAGAGGAACAAUGUUAAACAGUUUAAAUUGCUAAACAGCAGUAUAGUGCAGUUUGAUCAUCAGAUGUCCAACUGUCCAUGAAUGCACUGACAGAGGGUUUAAAAUGGCUCCUGCUCACAGCUGCAGCCUGAACAGUGCUAUUGUACUUCUGUCAAAUGUUUGGUCACUAAUCUCUUCGUAUUCUGAUGUUACAUAUCACAGAGAAAUUAGAAAGAGGUAAAUCAGAGAAAACAUCAUUUUGAUUUGAUGGGCUGCUGUAAAUCUCCAUGUUUAUUGUUGUCUUCGGCUCAGUGGAAGAGGAGUUUUUGUUUUCAUUAAGGAUUCUUUGUGCUCGAACCACUUUUUUUUUAUUUUUUUUUUUUUAUGUUUUGUUAUGUGAUUUCAAGCUGGCCAAGUAAUAAAGAUGCUGAAUACAAUUUUCUAUAUCUUUAAGGAACACUAUGGCAUCUCAGCUGCAGGGAAUAUCUGCCAAGCUUCUUUUCUAACACUAGUAGUUGUAUCUGUCACCAGGAUUGUCUAGACCAGGGGUGCCAAACGUACAGCCCGCCAAGGGGUUCAAUCUGGCAGGAUAAAUCUGAAAGUGGG